AGCGGUUUAACGUAUUUUCAAGCAAUACCGUGCAGAAUACCUAUCUACCUAUCCGAUGGACAGACGUCUCGGCAUCUCGCGACGGAACGAAUAUUCGAUAUAAUUAUUAAUAAUUAUAUUGUUAUACUAGUCCUUAAUUAUUGUGCCUGUGUUUCGUAACCACCGAUCAAACACCGAAACGCCAGCCGAUCGCGUUAGCGUUCUGCCAUGGCAACGAACGAUCGACGCGUUCGUUGCGAAAACGAUGUUCAAUAUUUUAAAGAUGGAAUUACCGCGGGAAAGUUUCCAACCAAUUAUCGGUGACGCACGUUUUUUUAAAUUGUUAUCACAUGCCCACGGGCCGUGACGUCAUAAUUGUUGAAUGCUAAGAGAAAGCUCCGAUUCUGAUUAUGUGUUGGCGAGCCGCAGCCCGCGAGCGCAACAAGUAAACAGGGCAUCGGGCGUAUUAUACGAUUAUUAUUAAUUAAAAUAUUUAUAUCUGUCAAAUUCACCGCAAUAGUGAAAUUACUGUCGUUGCUCCAUUAAUGCGUAUGCCGAUCAAUCAUUAUUGUGGAUCGAUGCGAAACAAUAAUUGUUCACCAGCUCGACGGCGGACUUUCGUUGUUUACACAUCUCAGGACGAACAUUUUUUUCGCACGCUGUAAUGGAUCCUGCUUCAUGUUCGACCGUAUCGGAAGACUUUGCCAAUAUAUUGAUAUCCGUCCUCCGGCUGCCGACCAGGGAACGAUUGUCGUGCAUGUUAAAUGCCACGAAAGUCAUUCCAUCACCCGAAAAAUUACCCAGGGAUUGGAGAGGAUUGUGCACACUUCUGAACUAUACAAUACCAUCAGGAUGUGAUCCAACUGAUCCAAUUGGAAAAAUAUUCAAGUUUUGUGAAGCAAAAACUACUAUAGCACAUUUUACACGGUGUCUAGAACGAAUAGACAGAUAUGAUGUCGUGGAAGAGACCGAAGAAUUAUUUAUUUCUGAUAUUAAAUAUUUUAAAGAACAAUGUUCUUUAGCAAAAUAUCCAACUCCAGUAGUACCAAAUGAUUUUGACAUCAACAUUAUUACUUUAGAUGAUAUAAAUUCAUCCAGCAAUGGUCUUCCUCUUACAAGAUAUGAUGCAUUUUUACUGUAUGAUAAGGCAGAUAUACAAUCAGCUGCCGCUGUAGUAGAAAAAUUAGAAACUGAUUACAAGCUAAAGCUAUGCUUAAAAGAUCGAGAUUUAAGACCAGGCGUUAUGUUCGAGUAUCAGUCUAUAAUAAAAUUGAUAUCUGAUCGCUGUAAUUGGUUAAUCAUUAUAGUUUCAAAUGAUUUUUCAAACAGCCCUUGGAAUAGAUUUAUUGUGAAUUAUAUACAGUCGUUAGCCAUUGAAAAACGGUUACCUAAAAUUAUUCCAUGUGUAUUUGAUGAUUGUGUAUUACCUGAAGAACUUAAAUGUUAUGUUCACUUAUAUUUUAAUAAAUAUAAUCCUUUUUGUGACCCAUGGCAAAAGCUAAUGAUAACUGUAUCACCUUAUAAGAAUCUAGCGUUGGCCGACAGUGUGAAGGCAAAUCCCAGUUGCCAGAACACCAGUAUUACAACUGUUGAUAAAAAGAAAGUGAUCAAGUUUUCUAGUGAAGAAAUCAAUUUGCCGCCUAAACCACCUAAACCCAAAAGUGUUUUUGAUAGAUUAGUUAAGACUGUUGGAAAUAUAUCUGUUAAAGUUGUUCCUACAAAAUGGAAUAAAAAGAAAGUAAAAUGUACUAGUCUAUGACUUAUUUUUCUUAUCGGUAUACAGAUAAUAUUAAUAAGUUUCAACGUUAAAGAUGUUGUUUUUAUAUAGAAUUUACCAUUUAACCUUUGUUAUGUUUUAAUAAUAUUAUAUUUUAUACAAGUGCUUAAUCAAUUGUAUUCAAAUAUUUAAAUUGUAUAUUUUUUAUUAUAAAAUCUAUUCUUUAUAUUAUCCGGAUUUGUGAUUUUUAGUUUUUUAAUUGUAUUAUCAAACAUGAAUAGAAGAAUAAUCAUAUUAUCCUUCUUGGUGCCUGGUGAAUUAAAUGGAUAAUAAUGCCAGACACUUUUAAUAGAUAGAUGAAUAUUUUGUAAAAACAAGUUGUUAUUUUUAUUGCAGUUUCCAUUAUAAUGUUUUUAUUAUUUUAUAA